AUGGCUUCGAUCUUGCGAAAUCUGUCCCAGCGUAUCGUUCCGUUGGCAUCUCGUAAUUUGCUGAACGGCGCCGGCCGUUUGCAGUUUUCCGCUGCCAACAACAGUCGAUUCUUGUCGGCUUUUGUCCAGCAACCUGCUCCUGACUUCAAAGGAACUGCCGUCGUCGGAGGACAGUUCAAGAAUGUCAAGCUGGGAGAUUAUAAGGGCAAAUACUUGGUUCUCUUCUUCUAUCCGCUCGAUUUCACUUUUGUUUGCCCAACUGAGAUUAUCGCCUUCAGCGAAAGACUUGGAGAGUUUAAAGCCAUUGACACCGAAGUUGUAGCCGUCUCGGUUGACUCCCACUUUUCCCACCUCGCCUGGACCAAUACCCCACGCAAGCAAGGAGGACUCGGUGACAUCAAGUUUCCAAUCUUGAGUGACUUGACCAAACAGGUCUCUUCAGACUACGGAGUUCUCCUCAAGGACAGUGGCAUUUCUCUGCGUGGUCUUUUCAUAAUCGAUCCAAAGGGCAUUGUUCGUCAGAUUACCAUCAAUGACUUGCCUGUUGGGCGCUCGGUCGAUGAGACCUUGCGUCUCAUAAAGGCAUUCAAGUAUACCGACGAACACGGAGAAGUUUGUCCAGCAAACUGGGAGCCAAACAAGCCAACCAUUGAUCCGAAAAAUGCCAAAGAUUACUUUGAGAAGCAGAACUAA